UCGUGGAGUGGUGCGUUGAGGCCAAACAUUUUGAAUCUGCUUGGUGACAGAACUACAGCAAUCAUGCCCGUGCCAUGGUCAUAAUCGAAUGUUUGAAAGACGGUGAAGAGAACAAGUAUUAGUUGCCUCGGUGUCCUAAUCAUUGAGACAUUUGCUCCGGGAAUAUUCAGAGUUUCUAUAGAACACUCAGUGGUACAUGGUGUUCAUAUCGCUCAGGCCAGGUUCCAGUGUGGCAAUCCUUGCGCUCAGGCCAGGUUCGACUGUGGCAAUCCUUGCGCUCAGGCCAGGUUCCAGUGUGGCAAUCCUUGCGCUCAGGCCAGGUUCCAGUGUGGCAAUCCUUGCGCUCAGGCCAGGUUCCAGUGUGGCAAUCCUUGCGCUCAGGCCAGGUUCGAGUGUGGCAGUCCUUGGGCUGAGCCUGUUUGUUGUAGUUUUCAAGCUAACGCCAGCAACGGAAAACCCAUGAGUGGAUAGUUUGCAGUCGACUACUGACUACUGGUCUGUACUAGUGCAGGUCGUCUUCGGGUGUGGUCACGUGUGUGGAGUAGAUUGGAGGACGGGUACCGGGUAGUGAUUGCUUCCCAAUCUACCAGGCAGCACCUGCUGCGGCUGCUGCUACUAGCGCUGCUGCUGUAAUUCCUACUAUCUGCUACUCAGAGCUUGGAACGUAGCUGUGUCACUGUGUAUCGUGAGUAGUUACACUCCACACCAGACCAUUGCACAUUCUUGCCGGCGAUUUGUUCCAGUCGUCAGCAGUUCACCGUGUAAUAUGGAAGGUGAACGCUACGCUUUCCUCGUGGAGUGGUAUGAUUCGCUAGCGGGCAUAGUGCGACGCUACAACUUCCUCUUCUAUCCUAAAGAUAACAGCGUGGAAAUGAUUGAUGUGAAAAACAAGCGCAUAUUCCUGAAACGUACCAAGGAGGAGUCUAUCAGGCUGGAUCAGUGCUACAUUGGUUCAUCAGUUAAUCUACAUGGUCGACAGCUGAAGUUUGUAGAGUACUCUGACACUUUCACCAAGAUUAAACUCUCCAUGGCGAAAGAAAAGACUCUGGCGAUAUUCAAGCCGGACAUAAUGAAAAAAAUGCCUCUCCUGCUUGAGAUUCUCUGCACUGAAGGAUUUCAGAUCUGUGAUAUGAAGACAGUGGUGUUAAGCAAGUCUGCGGCAGAAGGGUUUUAUCGCGAGCAUAGUGCUAAACCAUUUUUCAGAACUCUGAUAUCGUUCAUGACGGAAGGACCAAUCAUGGCGCUCAGCUUACUAGCCGACAAUGCCGUCAGCAGAUGGAGAGCACUUAUUGGACCAACAAACUCGGCUGAUGCCAGGUCUCAAGCUCCGGAUAGUCUCAGAGCAAGGUUUGGCACAGAUCAAACACGCAAUGCCUGUCAUGGAUCAGAUUCAGUGGCAUCGGCUGAAAGAGUUGAGUACUUCUUCAAGAUUCUCCAGUAACUACGGAAACAGACAAGACUUCAGUGACGGUUACAGCGCAUCCUGAGUAAUCGGCGUCACAAUGCAUUUUCAUUGAUGUGUCUUCUGUAACCGCUGAAAUGGAUAUUCAGCCACCGGUGCAGCAAUGUGUUGAGAGAUGCAGAGGCGAGGUUUAACUUAAUGAGCUGAUUUCGAUGUGAUAUUAAUCCUAAAACAUAAUGCAAUGCCAUAGUAAAUGACUGUCGUCGAAUUCCUUCCUUUUUCGCUUUCAUUAUAAGAAGAGAAUUUAUCUCUCUGUUUGAACCACACAGAUACUAUGCAUGCAUGGUGUCUGCGGGGAGUGCGGUCUCUGUGAUGUCAUGAUGUUACGGUGUCAUGAUGUCAUAAUGACUGUUAUGAUGUCAUGAUGUUACGGGGUCAUGAUGUCAUGAUAGAUCAUCUUUGUCUUAUGUCAGUACAAAAAUGGCAAUCAUGUGUAGGCUCUGUGCAUUCGUUGUGAGUUAUCUGAUCCAGCUGCAGGGUGCGCAUUUGUGUUUAUUCAUUACAGUGUUACACACUGCAUGUAUAGUAUGUAUGCUGCAGUUGAUAGUUUUGUAUUGAUAGUACACAUUAUCAUGUAUAGCUUGUAUGCUGCAGUUGAUAGUUUUGUAUUGAUAGUACACAUUAUCAUGUAUGGCAUGUAUGCUGCAGUUGAUAGUUUUGUAUUGAUAGUACACAUUAUCAUGUAUAGCAUGUAUGCUGCAGUUGAUAGUUUUGUAUUGAUAGUACACAUUAUCAUGUAUAGCAUGUAUGCUGCAGUUGAUAGUUUUGUAUUGAUAGUACACAUUAUCAUGUAUAGCAUGUAUGCUGCAGUUGAUAGUUUUGUAUUGAUAGUACACUACAGAACAAC